AUGCCUCCGAGAAAUAUUAAGGAAGUUCUCCAGAAGAAGCUGGAGGAAAAAGAGAGGGAGAAGGCCCGACUGCAGAAGGCUGGAGGUGCAGCCGCUUCGGGCUCGGUCCCGAGCAAGAAAGUCCCACCUCCCCCACCCUCUAAAAAGCGACCACUGAGCGCUCCUCCUUCCCCGAAGGAACCAUCUGCGAGCAAGAAGGUGAGGGCGGCCACUAAGGGAAAGGGCCAAGAAGUGGAGCACCCGAAGGAAGCCGCCGCAGAAGGAGAAGGGAGGGUGACUGCCUUCGACCUUGACACUCCAUGGGUGCCAAGCUUCAUCACACCUGGCAAGAAACAGGUUCUCAAAUCGGAUAGCCUGAGGGAGGAUCCCUCCCUGGCUUUCACUCUCCACUCGGGGCUAGCUUUGCCGAGGGAUGUACAGAAUCCCCCUUCUCUGAAAGCAGCCCUGAGUGAAUACUACUAUCACGUAGGAAGGGCCACCCAGUCCAUAAUGAGUGCCCAGCUUCAUCUCACCGAAUAUGACAAGAAGUCAAAACUGCAAAAGCAGUCGGUGGAAUACAACAAGGCCCUGGCCGAGGAGUACAAGAAGGGCUUGGAGCAAUCCGAGCUCGUGAGGCAAAGCCUCGAAGUUCAGGUCGCCAAUCAAAACGACCUCAUCAAGGGGUUGCAGGAGUCUACCAAGCAGACCAGAGCCGAGGGCAAAGAUGAGGGGCUGGCCGAGGGGAGAGCCUUGGGGAGGGAAGAAAUGAAAAAGGAGAUGGAGAAAGAGGUGCAGGGGCAGUACGAGAAAGGAUACGCCCAGGCCGAAGAAGACGUGACCGAUCAAAUCCUUGAAGUACAGGAUGAGAUCAAGGAGGCCCAGCACAAAGAGAGCUUUAUGCUCGGCUACAAUAUGGGUCUCGACGAUGCAGGCGUUGAAGCUGACGACGAGAGGAGGAGUCUGGUGGAAAUACCACCCUUCGCCCCUGCCGAAGUUACAGCAGAGGAGACAACAGCUGAUGCUGUCGACUCGACCAUUCUACCAGCCCCAGCCGACGCUCCAAUCCUACCGGCCCAAACCGACGCUCCAACCCCACCAGCCCCAGCCGACGCUGCAGCGGAUUAG